AUGACUGUUGUUCUUGGUCAAUUCAACUACUUUCAGUGGCAGAAGAAGUUUGAGGAAGAGAAGCCUUACUAUCUCUACACUGACCCCCCUCCUGGCUACCCAAAUGCCAACUUUGCCACGCAGCCUGGCGCGCCAGAGCCCAUCCAAGACGUGCGAGGCAGGGAGCAUGAAUUCAGCCUAGACGACAAUGGAUUUGCCUUUUGUCGUCAGAACUACCCGCAUAAGCUUAGAGAUGUCGACGAAAACACCAUCAAAGAGCAGUAUCUUCCUAGUCUCGAAGUCUUGAUCCGUGACCUAUUGCAGGAAGAGUGUGAGAUUUUCUGGUUCGACUGGAGACGGCGGUCCAGCGAUGAUGGCAAAUCCAAGUUUAGCGACGGCACAGUCGUCAACUUGGAGAACCGGCAGCUUACGCUGGCCCCUAUCAAGGCUGUCCACGUCGAUCAAACGCCUGCCGCAGCAAUUGACCGUGUCUAUCGCCAUGUCCCCGAAAAGGCGGACGAGCUUCUCAAAAAGCGAUUUCGCAUCAUCAAUGUUUGGAGACCGAUUGGAAACCCUGUCGAAAGCAUGCCACUCGCCUUUAUGGAUGGCAGUCAGGUGCCGCAAGAUAAGCUGAUCGAGGUCGACGUCGUGCGUCGCUCGUUCCCUGGCGAGAGCUUCUAUCCACUUGAGCAUGGCGGCUACAAGUGGUACUUUAUGAAUCAACAGGCUCAAGACGAGGUUCUGUUCAUGAAAAUGACUGAUUCUAAAGAGGAUGUGAAGGCCAAAUGCUGUCCGCAUGCGUCCUUUGCCCAAAUGGCAUGCGAAGGGGCGCGGCCCCGAGAGAGUAUUGAGGCUAGGGCGCUGGUGUUUACAGACUGGUAG